AUGCAUAUGGAGGUCUUCAUCACUCGCCCCUGGUAUCUUGGAUCCUCGGACACUUUCAAGUUCACCAUCAUCCUCUGGUAUCCUGCACCCAGCAUGAGUCUGUACCUGAUAACCGAGAAGCUGUUCGGCUUUGAACGCGUGAUUCAUCCAUACUUCAAUUUCUCAGGGACGUCAUAUGCGCCCAAUCAGGAGUCAUUAUCGUUCGUAUGGCAAGGCUGCCGCUAUAUGAAGGACGACUCGGUAACAUCGGAUGUGCGCCCUUCCUGGGAACAUAUGCUUGUCUGUUGUCCAGCAGUUCAAGAGCUAAAGGUCAUAACCAGGCGUCCGUCGAACAAGGGAUAUCACAACCCAGAACGUACAUUGAGCGCUGAGGAAGGCACUGCUGGAGUCACUCUAGGUCAAGUUAUGCAAGUGGUGGGGGAGGAGCUGGUCAUGGCACAGGACGCAAUGGGAAUUCGAGCGUAG